AUGCCGACACCAGAUAAAAUACUUCUCAGAAAAAUAAGAAAACGAGAAAAACGAAAACUGAAACUUACAUCUCAAAAAACUGAUUCAAAUCCUGAACCAGAAAAAGAUAUUGAAGCAUUAAAUAAUGAAAAAGAAGCUAAGAAGAGAGUUGUACAAGACGGUGACACAAAUGGAAAAGUUCCCAAAAAAAAAUUGAAAAAGGUUAAAGAAGAGUUAAAAGAAGAACCAGUUGAAGUAAAAUCUGAGGAAGAAUCUAGUGAUGACUCUCAAGAUGAGCAAGACACUAAAGAAGAUGAUUCGGAAAAAAAAUCGAACAACGAUUUACCUGGAUCAAGCCUCUGCUUAGGUAUACUAUCAGAUCAAAAAUUCACUGCACUGGAAGGCACAGUGUGCGAACCAACACUUUUAGGAAUUAAAGAUAUGGGCUUUAUAACGAUGACAGAGAUUCAAGCCAAAGCUAUACCUCCUUUGUUGGAAGGCAGGGAUCUUGUGGGAGCUGCCAAAACUGGCUCUGGAAAAACACUAGCGUUCUUAAUACCGGCUAUAGACCUUAUAUACAAACUAAAAUUUAAACCAAGAAAUGGUACUGGAGUCAUCAUUUUGUCACCCACAAGAGAGUUAUCAAUGCAAACAUUUGGCGUUCUCAUGGAAUUGAUGAAAUACCACCACCAUACAUAUGGUCUGGUAAUGGGUGGUGCAAACAGAAGUACUGAAGCUCAGAAACUCUCUAAAGGUAUCAACAUUUUAGUUGCUACUCCUGGACGUUUACUGGAUCACUUGCAAAAUACACCAGACUUCUUGUAUAAGAACCUUCAGUGCUUAGUUAUUGAUGAGGCUGACAGGAUAUUGGAAAUUGGAUUUGAAGAAGAAGUUAAACAGAUCAUAAAAUUGCUGCCAAAACGCCGGCAAACUAUGUUAUUCAGUGCUACACAAACAAAGAAGACUGAAGCACUAACUUCUUUGGCAUUGAAGCAUGAACCGGUGUAUGUUGGGGUUGAUGACCACAGAGAACAGGCAACUGUUGAUAGCUUAGAACAGGGAUAUAUUGUAUGCCCAUCAGAGAAACGUAUGAUGGUUUUAUUCACAUUCCUUAAGAAGAAUAGAAAAAAGAAGGUUAUGGUAUUCUUUUCAACCUGUAUGUCUGUCAAAUACCACCAUGAACUUUUCAAUUAUAUUGACCUUCCUGUGAUGUCCAUACAUGGAAAACAACAACAAACGAAGCGUACAACAACAUUCUUCCAGUUUUGCAAUGCUGAAUCUGGUAUACUACUUUGUACUGAUGUCGCGGCGCGUGGUCUGGACAUUCCGGCCGUUGAUUGGAUUGUACAGUAUGAUCCGCCAGAUGAUCCAAAGGAAUAUAUCCACCGGGUUGGAAGAACUGCGAGGGGUCUAGGAACUAGUGGACAUGCUUUGUUAUUCUUACGUCCAGAAGAGCUUGGAUUCUUACGAUACUUAAAGCAGUCGAGAGUUACCCUAAACGAAUUUGAAUUCUCAUGGAAUAAAGUUGCAGAUAUACAACUACAGCUAGAAAAACUUAUCUCUCGAAACUAUUUCCUGAAUCAAUCUGCAAAAGAAGCCUUCAAAAGUUACCUGAGAGCCUAUGAUUCUCAUCACUUGAAAACGAUUUUUGACAUUGAUACAAUCGAUUUAGCUAAGGCAUCGAAAUCAUUUGGUUUCAAUGUACCACCUGCUGUAGAACUUAAAGUCGCAAACAAAGGACCUCCACAGAAAAGAAAGGGAGGUGGUGGUUAUGGAUACUUCAAGUCUUUGAACGCUCCAUCAGAUUUCAAAAGGAAGACAGAAAAAACGAAAAUAUACAGACAAAAGGGGAACAAUAAGAAAACGAUCAGUUGAUGUUUAAAUCUUUCAUCCAUUGUUCUCUAAUAUAAUGUAUUAAAAAAAA